UCGUCGUAGUCUUGCAGGAGAAAAUCGCUGCCUUUGAUAGCUGUACUUUCACAAAAAAAUUUUUUGUCACAAGUUGUUAUCCUUGUCCUGGGCCAAACAUGAAUCCCAUUGCUCUUGGGAGCCGCUGGCUUGCUUACGCAGAAAACAAGCUGAUUCGAUGUCAUCAGUCCCGUGGUGGAGCCUGUGGAGACAACAUUCAGUCAUACACUGCCACAGUUAUUAGUGCUGCUAAAACAUUGAAAAGUGGCCUGACGAUGGUUGGGAAGGUGGUGACUCAGCUGACAGGCACACUGCCCUCAGGGGUGACAGAAGAUGAUGUUGCCGUCCACAGCAACUCCAGACGGAGCCCCUUGGUGCCAGGCAUCAUCACCGUCAUAGACACUGAGACAGUUGGAGAGGGCCAGGUGCUUGUGAGUGAGGACUCAGACAGUGAUGGCAUUGUGGCCCACUUCCCUGCCCACGAGAAGCCAGUGUGCUGUAUGGCUUUUAAUACUAGUGGAAUGCUUUUAGUCACAACAGACACUCUUGGCCAUGACUUUCAUGUCUUCCAAAUUCUGACUCACCCUUGGUCAUCCUCACAAAGUGCUGUCCAUCAUCUGUAUACUCUUCACAGGGGAGAAACGGAAGCCAAAGUUCAGGACAUCUGUUUCAGCCAUGAUUGUCGCUGGGUGGUGGUCAGUACCCUCCGGGGUACUUCCCACGUUUUCCCCAUCAACCCUUAUGGUGGCCAGCCUUGUGUCCGCACACACAUGUCACCACGAGUAGUGAAUCGCAUGAGCCGUUUCCAGAAAAGUGCUGGGCUGGAAGAGAUUGAGCAAGAACUGACAUCUAAGCAAGGCGGCCGCUGUAGUCCUGUUCCAGGCUUGUCCAGCAGCCCUUCCGGCUCCCCUCUGCAUGGGAAGCUGAACAGCCAAGACUCUUACAAUAACUUCACUAACAACAACCCUGGCAACCCCCGGCUCUCCCCGCUCCCCAGCCUGAUGGUAGUCACGCCUCUUGCACAAAUCAAACAGCCAAUGACCUUGGGGACCAUCACCAAACGAACAGGCAAAGUUAAACCACCUCCACAAAUUUCCCCGAGCAAAUCGAUGGGCGGCGAGUUUUGUGUUGCGGCAGUGUUUGGGACCUCCAGGUCGUGGUUUGCCAACAACGCAGGUCUGAAACGUGAAAAAGAUCAGUCCAAACAAGUUGUAGUUGAAUCUCUUUACAUCAUCAGUUGCUACGGGACCUUAGUGGAGCACAUGAUUGAGCCCCGACCGCUCAGUACUGCUCCCAAGAUAAGUGAUGACACACCACUGGAGAUGAUGACGUCACCCCGUGCCAGCUGGACACUCGUUAGAACGCCUCAGUGGAACGAACUGCAGCCACCAUUUAAUGCGAAUCACCCUCUGCUCCUGGCGGCAGAAGCGGUGCACUAUUACCAGCUCCUGCUCGCUGGCUCGCUGCCCCCUGGAAGUCCUGGCCCCAUUACUCGACAUGGGUCCUAUGACAGUUUAGCCUCCGACCAUAGUGGACAGGAAGAUGAAGAAUGGCUUUCCCAGGUUGAAAUUGUGACACACACUGGACCCCACAGACGCCUGUGGAUGGGUCCCCAGUUCCAGUUUAAAACCAUCCACCCCUCAGGCCAGACUACGGUCAUAUCAUCUAGUUCGUCUGUGUUGCAAUCUCACGGACCUAGCGACACACCACAGCCACUCUUGGAUUUUGAUACAGAUGAUCUAGAUCUUAACAGUCUCAGGAUCCAGCCGGUCCGCUCUGACCCAGUCAGCAUGCCAGGGUCAUCUCGUCCAGUCUCUGAUCGAAGGGGAGUUUCCACAGUGAUUGAUGCUGCCUCAGGUACCUUUGACCGGAGCGUGACCCUGCUGGAAGUGUGUGGGAGCUGGCCUGAGGGCUUCGGGCUGCGGCACAUGUCGUCCGUGGAGCACACAGAGGAAGGCCUCCGGGAACGGCUCGCAGAUGCCAUGGCCGAGUCACCAAGCCGAGAUGUCGUAGGAUCCGGAACAGACACAGCCCUUGACGUAGCAGUCAAAAACAGCACCCCCGAGAGACACAUGGCUAUGAAGUGUUUGGGUAUGUAACCUCCUGUCUUUGCCUAUAACGGAAGGCUGGGUCCCGCUGCUCUUUAUGUCCCUC